UCUGUCUCUAAAAGUGAGGGGGACGUAUCCCCACCCCGUCCCCCUGGUUGCUACGCCCCUGCAAGUAACAUACACAUGUCACCUAAUAUCCUAAUAUGAUUUAUUUCCUCAAUCAGUGUAAAUUAAUGAGAUUUCUCUGUUUAUUCUCCUGAAGCUCUGCCGCCAUCAGUGAAAGACAAAGACAGAGUUUAUUGAAGGACAGUGAGAAGAUGAGUGAUCCAGAACCCUGCAGAAUUAAACAGGAAGAGACUGAAGCGCAAAUAGAUGUGAUCGUGAACGAGGAGAGUGAAGAACAGAGUGAAGAUGAGGAGAAACAUCAUGUCAAAAGUGAAACUGAAACUAACACAAAGAGAGAAAAAGGAUUCAGCUGCGUUCAGUGUGGGAAGUGUUUAACCAACAAACACACUCUCAAGCUUCACAUGAUGAUCCACACUGGAGAGAAACCAUUCAAGUGUUCACACUGCGACAAGAGCUUCGUUUGUUCGGGAUACCUGAAAACACACGAGAUGACCCACAGCGGAGAGAAACCACACAAGUGUGAUCAGUGCGGCAAAACAUUUUCGAUUUCUUCAGAGCUGAAGAAACAUCUUAGAGUUCAUACAAAGGAGAAGCCUUAUUCAUGCUCUGAGUGUGGGAAGAGUUUUGCACGACAGUCAAGCCUAAGACAGCAUCAGAAGAUCCACACUGGUGUGAGAGAGUUUGUGUGCUUCGAGUGCGAGAUGACUUUUAUCACAGCUGGAAAUCUGAAACGACACCAGAGGACUCACACUAAAGAGAAACCUAACAAGUGUUCACACUGCGACAGGAGAUUCAGUCAGUUGCAAUCCCUGAAGAUACAUGAGAGGAUCCACACUGGAGAGAAACCGUUCAUAUGUUUUGAGUGUGGGAAGGGUUUUUCACAUCAGUCUCAUUUUAAAGCACAUCAGCACAUCCACACUGGUGUGAGAGAGUUUGUGUGCGUCGAGUGUGGGAAGAGUUUCAUCACAGCUGCAGACUUAAAACAACACCAGUGGUUUCACACUGGAGAGAAACCGUACAAGUGUUCACACUGCGACAAGAGAUUCAGUCUGUUACAAAUCCUGAAAACACACCAGAGGAUUCACACCGGAGAGAAACCGUACACAUGUACUCAGUGUGGGAGGAGCUUCAGACAAUCAUCACACCUUAAUAAGCACUUGAAGAUCCACACUGGAGAGUGAAAACUCAAGGGUGAUCAGUGCGGUAUAACAUGAGGGCUUCAUAUUUGAAGUAACAUCUUAGGUUAGAGAGCGUUUGUGAUGAUGCAUCUGUCGAAAUUUGAUUAAUGAUUGCCACACCCUUUUAGGGUGGGACUUCAGGUCUAAGCUCCGCCUGUUUUUUUCAAAUAUAUAAUUGAUAUUUUUUAGUAAUUAGAUUGUUUUCAAUGAAAUUAAAUCCUAUAUAUUUUUAUAAUCCAAGUAAUUUCAUUCUUAUCAAUUAAUUUAAACUAUUAUUUAUUAAAAUGCUUGUAGAUAUAUUCAUUCAUUCAUUCAUUCAAUUCCUUCGGCUUAGUCUCUUUAUUAAUCAGGGCCACAGUGGAAUGAACCGUCAACUUAUCCAGCAUAUGUUUUACACAGCAGAUGCCUUUCCAGCGGCAACCCAGUACUGGGAAAAACCUAUUCACACUCAUUUACUACAGCCAAUUUAGUUUGUUCAAUUCCCCUAUAUAGCGCAUGUGUUUGGACUAUGGGGGAAACCCACGCCAACACGGGGAGAACAUGAAAACUCCACACUGAAAUGCCAACUGACCCAGCCGGGACUCAAACAAGCGACCUUCUAGCUGCGAGGCCGCAGUGCUAACCACUGAGGCACUGUGUCGCCCUUUAUUCUAUUCAGUUUAACUAAAUGAUAAUUUCGGUAGUUAGAUUUAUGCAUUCAAACUAAUUAUUCAUUCAUUCAUUUUCUUUUCGGCUUAGUCCCUUUAUUAAUCUGGGGUCGCCACAGCGGAAUGAACCGC